AUGGAGACACAAGUCAACUCGGCGGCAACAUCGAUAUUCAACGGCAAGGAAGGACACGAUGAUCUCGAACACGGUGAGGGAGCCGGACAUGUCGACCCUAACGAUGUCAACCGACCGAAACUCAAGUUGAAGCCGCGGAUUCACCACUUCACAUGGGCGUGGUUUACUCUCACCAUGAGUACCGGUGGACUCUCUCUUCUGAUCUUCGCCCAACCGCACCAGUUCCCCGGUCUCCGUCAGAUCGGUCUGUUCAUCUACAUCGUCAACAUCAUCCUCUUCGUGGGCGUUUGCUUCGCCAUGCUUACCCGCUUCUUCCUGUUUCGGGGUGCCUUCCAAAAAUCUCUGACACAUCCGAGAGAGGGUUUCUUCUUCCCAACCUUCUUCCUGUCCCUAGCAACGCUCAUUACCAGUACACAGCGGUACGCCGUUCCCGCGGACGACGUCCCUCUGAUAUGGGCCAUCCAGACUGCGUACUGGGGAUACGUCGUAUUAACCCUGUUCGUCGCUGCGGGUCAGUACAGCUAUGUGUUUGCCAAAAUCAGCUUUGGUCUUCACACCAUGAUGCCGACGUGGAUCUUGCCCAUCUUCCCCAUCAUGCUCUCGGGCACAAUUGCGUCAGUCAUUGCCGACACACAGCCAGAUAUCACGGCACUGCCCAUCAUCGUUGGUGGAAUGACGUGUCAGGGACUGGGAAUUUCGGUGUCGUUCAUGAUGUAUUCUCACAUGAUUGGACGCUUGAUGCAAGCUGGUCUUCCUAACCGCGAACAUCGCCCCGGUCUAUUCAUGUGCGUAGGGCCCCCGGCUUUCACCGCCCUCGCUAUCAUCGGCAUGGCCAACGGCCUCCCCGACACGCUUGACCUUCAGAAGUAUGGUGUCUUAGAUGUGGCCGUCGUUCGCACUAUGGCUUUAGUCGGCGCUAUCUUCCUGUGGGCGCUCGCCUUCUGGUGGUUUUGCAUAGCUGCCAUUGCCGUCAUCGCCUCCCCUCCCAAGUACUUCCAUCUGGGCUGGUGGGCAAUGGUCUUCCCCAACACUGGCUUCAUCCUCGCCACCAUCUCCAUCGGCAAAGAGCUGCACAGCGAGCCGGCCUUGUGGGUCGCGACUGGCAUGUCCAUCUGUUUGGGGAUCAUGUACUUCUUCGUCCUGUACCACCUCAUUCGCGCGGUGAUUGUGCAGGAUAUCAUGUAUCCUGGUCGCGAUGAGGACGUCGAAGACCACUAG